AAUUCCAAUUGCGCUCAAUCAAUUUGAAUGAUGUAUCCCUCCUCCACCUCCUCCUCUUCCUCUUCUUCUCAUAGCUCCAUCACCCAAACGGGCUUGACCCGAUAUGGAUCCGCCCCGGGCUCUCUCCUAACCACUGCCGUCGAUGCCCUCAUCGCCGACCAGAAAUCUUACGGCGGAUCCCCAUCUUCUUCAGACUUGCUCCGUCAGACAAGCUCGCCCGCUGGCUUCCUCGCCACCACCGCACAUCACAAUCACAAUACAGGGGGCUUCACAAUCACAAAUGGCACUGGAAGCUACAACAGCUCUCAAUCCCAUGCAGUAUCAGGAUCAAGGUUGAAGUCUCAAUUAAGCUUCACAGGCCAAGAUUCUCUUUCUCUUUCUCACAUAUCAGAGGUCACCACUUCCGACAAUGCCCAUCAUGCACCUACACAUUCUUAUGCUCCUGCUACCGCCUUUGGAAUCGAACCCUGGGACGAUUCUACUUCCUUUGUGUUUUCUGCUACACCAACUAAGCGUCCUAAAAAUAACGAUGCUGACAUUCUACAUUCCCUUGCUACCUUGGAAUCUCAGUUUAGUCUGCCACAAACUACUAUGGAAAUGGCAAACGUGGAGAAGCUAUUGCAUAUUCCUGAAGAUUCUGUCCCUUGUAAAAUCAGUGCUAAGCGAGGCUGUGCUACUCAUCCACGCAGCAUUGCAGAAAGGGAGAGAAGAACUAGAAUAAGCGGGAAACUGAAGAAAUUACAAGAUCUUGUGCCUAAUAUGGAUAAGCAAACAAGCUAUGCAGACAUGCUGGAUUUGGCCGUUCAACAUAUUAAAGGGCUUCAGAGUCAAGUUCAGAAGUUCAACAAAGAACUUGAGCAUUGCAGUUGUGGAUGCAAACCAAGCACAUAAUUUGUUUUGUUUCGCGAAAUUCUAUGGCAGAACAGCACGCAUGGACGUCAAAGGCUCCAAUGGCAAUGAAUCACUUUCUUAAAAUUAAAAAUGCAGGAAUAGAAAGUUAAUAGAUUUUCAGUUCUGCAAUUGUAUAUAUAUGUUGGUUGUAAUCUGAUAGUUUAGGAAAAUCUCUCUCUCAAGAAUCGAGAAUUGGCUUUUAUAGUUGAGAUUCAUUUCAAUUCUAGUUUUGUUGCGUUUUGGAAAAGAAACUAAUUUUUAUGUUCAGCUGUCAUAUUUUUCACAAGAAUCGUAAACGCUACGUACAUGUUGGCAUUGUUGAUUAUAAUAUGUAAUAUGAUACUUCUAUCUAUGCGAAUUUCAUAAAUAUUCGCUAUAUGAUGUUA